ACCUUUCGGCAUUCUUAUGUGAACUCAGUGUAGGAAUAUGGGAGCUUGAAUGGUGUCUGUCACCAUUCACUAUAAGUCUGAAUUCGUUGCUAUUCACGCUAUGUCGAAAAAUGAUCAGGACCGAGAAAAACAGCUCCAAGAAUUAGAUGGUUUUGUUGAAAUGACAUACAAACGGGUUAAUAAUGUCGUAUCAACCUUUGGAUGGUCUUUCGCGAGUGUAUCCAAUCAAAUUCACUCUACAGUUAUCUGUCCAUUUGAUAAUCUCCAUCGAAUACCAGAAAAAAGUCUCCAGAAUCAUUUGGACAACUGCCAAUGGAAAGCUGAAGGAUAUUCAGAGCAUGAGCCGCCUCUGUCAGAACCAUCUAUACUUGGCAAUAGCUCUUCCUCCAUAAAAUUCGAUGAACAGCUACAGGAUAUGGUGUUGCUGAAAGCUCGCCAAGACAAUCCAUUAUUAAACACAGCUGGAGUGGGUAACAGAUUAAUUCCACGCACAUCGGACAGACUCAUGGCGAGCUUCACUAGCGACGAGAGAAAGACUAUCUACGAUUAUGUGAUAGCAAACACUGUUAAGCAUGAUAUAGGAGAUGACAUUGCUGACAUGAAUCAUCUAUCGCAAAAAGACGGAAAUCACCCAAAGAUAUCUCUCCUGGAAUUAUUGGCCCAGGAACGUAAUCUAAAACGGCGACGAGCCAAACAUCGAGGUGUACACACAAACAAGAAGUCUCAGGUAGAAAUUCUGCGUGAGGUAAUCAACCAGCAAAUGGAAAUGUAUGAAGAAUAUCUUGGAGGUUCAUUGAUAAAGGAAGAGCCGAAGUCUCCCGAGACAUCGGAGGCCGGUAUUCGAGAUUUUCCAACUGAUCGCUACUAUCGAAAACACAAUCAGUUCAAAACGGUUAGAAAUCGUGAAGUUGACUGGCAAAGGAGUUUAACUGCGAGUGAGAAGCCCUUUGACCGUGGAGUUAAUACUAAACCGUUUUACCCUGAGGAAAAACCAUCCCUAACGGAUAGUAAAAAGAGGGAAAGAUCCAGAUCCAGGGAUGAUUGCAGAAAAAAACAUCACUCGAAGCACAAAAAAGGUAGAUCUAAAGAACGGAGUCGUCGUGAAGAUUCCCGAGAAAGACACCGUCCAAAUGAUAAAAGAACUUGGUCCAGAAACAAAGAGUAUGAAACAGACGAAACUAAGCAUCGAAGAAAACGGCACAGAUCAGGCGAACGAAGUAACAAUAAACAUGUCGAACGUUCAAGGCGGCUUGAAGACAGUGAUAACAAUUAUUACAGAGCACAUCGAAAACAAGGAACUGAUAGGAUUAAAAAAAGAAACCAUUGAUAUUAUGUUUACACAUAAACCUAUUACACAAAACGUAAAAUUAAUAUUCAAUCAUAUCUACAGCUGUAAUAUCAUCAUUUUAUUGCUACUCAAAAUUAAAGAAUAAUUCACUGAAA